AUGCCUGGCCUGCAUCGCAACUCGGUAACUCCUGGUUCGGUUCAACCCGAAUUUUGGAACAAUAUGGACUCCUUAUACACAGUAUCUGAUCCCACACACCAGCAUUCCCAUCCUACACAACAACAGUUGCAUCAACAGCAGCAAGCACAGCAGCAACAGCAGCAGCAACAGCAACAACCUUCAUCGCUAGGUAUUGGCUGGGAUCAUCCAGUUUUCACUCAGCAGCAGCAGCAGCAGCCACAACAACAACAACAACGCAACCAAUUACCACAACAUUCAGAGCAUAACCAUGGCAUCUAUUCUUCUUCGACUCCUCAAUCUUGGCAACAGCAGAAUUCUAUUCAACACCACAACCAGCAGCAGCCGCUACUGGCGCCGGCUCCACAAGGAUAUGGCGUGCCAACACAGUACCAUCAAGUUCACCGAUACCCCCCGGGCCAGGUGACAUUCGACUCGCGCUCUCUUGCUGCAACUGAGAAUUCAGCAUAUCAAUCAUACGCAUUUCCUCGAAACUUCUAUUCCCCUCAGCAGCUGUCAAUGUCGAAUGGCUUUUCGCAGUCAAAUUCACCACAGGUCCCUCGGUCUCAAAUUGCUCGACAGGAUCCUUACCAAUCUGCCACUCAUGGAACUCCUAUUGCCUCCUAUGCUAUCCCUGCGGGAUUUCCGGAAGAGUCUUCGAUCAAUUUCACCAACAGCUAUGCUGAGCCGACUACCAAUGUAGCUGAAGAUCCUACAAUCAACCCCCAGAUGCUCAAUCCCGCACAGCAAUCUUCGAAUCAGCAUACCUCUCUGCAAAAUCCCUACCUCUACUUGAACGCACCGGAUUUUGGACGUCCAGAUGACCCAAAGAUUUUUAACUUUUAUGAUAAUGACUUGCACGUACCAUCUGCGAUGGGCCAGAAUACAGGGAACAAUCAGGGUAUUCUUGGCCAGACUGCCUUCGAAAGAACUUUUCAAGUGACUGGCCAAACCACUCUGGCGCCCAACUUGCAAGCAAAACCAGUUGAACCACAGAAGAAGAAGGCUCGCACGAAAACAGUACCUAGGAAAUCAACAGUGAUGACCAAGAAGUCCCCGGCUUCUGAGACGGACACUUCCGAUGACUCGGAGUUGGAGAUUGAAAUGCCAGAAGAGCCAUCACCCAUACCAACAACGCGCCCUACAGAACCAGAAGCAGCAGCAGCGUAUGAUACCUUGCGAGCGGUUUGGUCACCACGUAAUCGGCGACCUAACGCUGACAAGGUCAAGAACGCGCUGGUCGCGUUUAAAGACGUUGUCAAAAGCGUAAGAGAUGCGUGGAAAGAAAGCAGCCAAUCAAUGAAGAUGGCAGAGAACAAAGACGAGAACGACAAAGCAGCCCAGCACAAGAAGGAUGUUGUCCUGCAACGGCGCCUUAUGGAUGUGGUUGUCAGCACCGCCCUAGAAAAAGGCCACCCCACUAUCGUUGAGAAGUUGGGUGAGCAUCCAAUGGCGCUAGCUGCCAUGUAUUCGUUUCUGCUCGAUCGGCAUCAAGCGUCUGACGUUGAUGGGGCAUUUACUGUGAACAUUCUCAAGCUGCUUGCCCGCUUUGUCACUGUCGACGAAGACGUACUCCAGAAGACCAAUAUCGGUAAGCUUCUGCCUCGGUUUGUCAAGAAAGGCGGUUCAACAGUCAAGGAACUCUCACAAAAGAUUCUUGAUAAUGCUGCUGCCUCCACGAAACGGAAGGAGGGCACCAAGACAACGGCCAAAGAGAGCUUGAGGAAUAAGAGCCCAGCUCCUGAGCCAACAGCUACUCCAGAUGGUUCCCGCACUGACCUCGUUGGUUCCAAGCGAGCCCGUGACGGAGAAACCAAUGGACAGCCCGCUUCAAAACGAAUGGUUGUUACAUCCAAUAUCAAGCCUAGUGUGAAAGCGAGCAGUAGUACCACGAAUGGCACUGUAAAACGUUCGCAAGAGGCGGGGCAGGAAAAUAAGCCGGCAGCAGCUGCCACACGUCCCAAAGCAAACAUUAUCGCUCCGAAACCUACCAGUCUCUUCGGAAGCCUGGCAUCUGCCUCUAAACGACCGGGCACCUCGAAUGCAGAGAGAGCUGCGGCUGCUGCGGCAAAAACAAGUCCUCCGGCCGAGAAGAAGGAGACUCAGGCGCCGCCUCCAAGACCCGCGUUCUCGUUUGGUGAUAUCAUGGCGGAUCUCGACAAGCAAAAGGAAGCAAAGUCGGCUGAGCCUGCUGAAGAUCGCCCUCCUGAGACCGAAGAAGAGCGAAAGAAGAGACUUCGCAAGGAAGCACGGAGAAAACUUAGGGUCACUUGGAAGCCUGAUGCCUUCCUUACCGAAGUUCGUCUGUUUACCCAUGAUCCCGAGGAGGAACUUGGACCUGGAGAUCACUCACAGGGUGAAGCUGGCGAUAUCAAGGGGGAGGGCAGUGUACUCAAACUCCAUAGGGAUCUUGAUGAUAUGGAAGAGGAGGAGGAUGGUGGUAUCCGUGAAGAGCACCUGUCGGACUAUUCAGAGCCCUCCGUUUUAGAAAUCGACAAAGGAGAAAUGCCAUCUGACGAACGCUCCAGAAACUACAUCAAACGUGGCGGCACUCAGGAGCCUAGUAGUCAGGAGAAACAGGCCCAAGAACACCGAGAAGCCACAACUCUGAUGGUGUUCUAUACCUCCGCUGCGGAUAUUCCUCCCUCGCCAAAGGAACCACCCCAGUUGACUGCUGAGGAGCCUACGACCGAUGUGACUGCUUUUGGAGAGUUGCCGGAUCAUAUCAAGGUCCGACAGGAUCGGUACUAUUCUGCAAUCAACCCGAAACCGGCGCCAGCUGCGCAACCAACUGCGCAAAACAACCAGGUCGAUAUCUCGAACUUACUCAAAAUCAUUCAGAGUGCAUCUCAGCAGCAAGCAACCCCGCCACCACCACCUCUGUCCGUACCACAGCCUCCCAUGUCCGACCUUGAGCGCACAAUUAGUAUGUUCCGCCAGCAGCAGCAGCCACAGCAGCCGCCAGCGCAGAUGCCGCAAAUCUCGCAGUUUCCACCCGCGUCUCAGCCGCCGGCAGCUUCGGGAAUUGACUUCCAGAAAAUCUUGGCUGUUAUGAAUGCACAAAAGCAAAUGCAGCCAGCACCUGUUAUACCCCAAGCUACACCGACGCAGCCCACGAUGGCCCCGAAUCUUGCUGCUUUCUUCAGCCAAUUUGCCAACCAAAACCAGCAGGCUGGCUCAUCUCAACCACCGGGUCAAUACUACGAGGACCCAGAGCGCAAGCGUAUGCGCGAGACCAAUGGUUCUGAUGGAGCCGGCGAUGAUCGGUUCGACUACGCCAAACGAAGCAAGUUUGGGGCUCCAAACAAGAAACACCCGAAAACUGGAUCGGUUCCUUGCCGAUAUUGGCGCGAAGGCAAAUGCCUCAAAGGCGACAACUGCACAUUUCGUCAUGAUCCCCUGAAUUGA